AUCUUUUAAUGAGAAGCUAAUGGCUGAAAGGCUUCUGAAUCACAGAUUUCAAAACACUCUCCCUUGAUCUUCUCCUUCUGAUUUCCUCUGGAAAAAAAUGUGUGGGCUCUUCUUUGUCCUGGUGACAUUCACAUUGGGUGCCUCUGCUUUCAGACUCCAGCAAGUCAAAAGCACAGAAAACUGCCCACAUCACACCGUGUAUUUCAAACAUUACUAUGAAUUGCAUGGAGAACCUGUGGUUCUGAAAUGCCCUUCCCCCAGAUACAAACAUUUGGAUUUUUCUGCCUUGACCCCUAAUAUCACAUGGUAUAAAAAUGGUUCAAAAACCAUGAUAUCAGGAAGAGAUGAAGAUCCAAGAAUCUGGGCGAAAGGAGAUGCACUCUGGUUUUUACCAGCAAUGCUAGAAGACUCAGGAGUAUAUAUCUGCACCAGAAGGAACCCCUCCUACUGUGCCGAGGUCUCCAUCCACCUCACAGUCGUGGAGAAAACAGCUGCUCAGGAGAUUGCUUACCUCCAGGUCCUCUUCACUUUCACCUCUGGAAAGAUCGUUUGCCCUGAGCUAUGGGAUUUUACACCAAACAGGACAAGCCUGGAGCUCAAGUGGUACAAGGAUGCUCUGCCUUUGGAAGCCGACAGUGGAAAAUUCGUAAUUCUGAAAGGUUCAACUUCUCUGAUCGUAAAUUCUGUGCUACCAACGGACUCUGGCUAUUACAUCUGCAAGAUGUCAUUUCCAUUUGAAGGUGUGAUGUAUGAGAUCACAAGAACAAUUCACCUGAAGACUGUUGAAAAAGAAAAGGGAAUUACUCCUAUAAUUGUGUAUCCAACACAAAAGACAACAUCAGCUGCUCUGGGCUCCAAGAUGACUCUCCCGUGCAAAGUGUUCAUUGGACUGAGCAGCCACAUCCACACCGAUGUGGAAUGGCUAGCGAAUGACACCACCGUUGACGUGAUUUACAAGAAAAGCAGGGUUACAGAGGGCGGGCGACAAGAAAUAGUAGAAAAUGGUGAAAACUUCAUUGAAGUGCCACUGAUUUUUGAUUCUGUCGAAGAAGUGGAUUUUUACACAGACUUUACGUGUCUGGCACAGAACAGAUACGGAUACCAAGUACUGCCAACAAGGGUCAAGCAGGAAGCUGUUGGCUUGUCCUGGUACAUUGCGAUGACUCCCAUCACAUUGGCCUGCAUAAUCGUGGGGGGGAUAUGCAUACACAAGUGCUGGAAGAGGAAAGCUGAUAAAGGAUACACAACAGCAAAGGUUUAAAAUUUGCUUUAUUCUCCAACCACCAACACAACAAAAAGUCAUCCUAGCUAUCCUUCACAUGAGACACAAAGAGACAUUUCAGACUGCUUUCCCAGCAGAUGGGUAUAUAUCAGCUCUUUUCCUCUUCUCCAUCUUCUACGAUCAGAUGAUGUUUUAAGCUUUCAUUUAAUGCUGCCUACAUGCAGGAAACCUGUUUCUAUUAUUUUUGCAGCUAGGGUGCAACUUUGGAACACAAAAUACCAUGGAAUGUGCCCUGGGUAUUGGAAGGGUAGGGAAAGGGAGGUGUUCUCACCCUUUGUAAUUCCAGUAGUCUUCAUGUUUAAAAAACUCUGAAAACAGAAGCUAAGAAAGCUUGCUACAGAAGGACAAUUCCACACUAGAGUGAAAAUGCAGUUUUCUUAUGUAUCCAAACUUAUUUUAUUUUCCUUCAGUCUAAAAAGAGUAGUUUUUUCCCCUUUUCCAGAGCCAAAUACAGUUGUCAUGGCAACUGUGUAUCUGUGAACUUUUCCACAGAAAAUGUGAUUUUUUCUUUUUCAGCAGUUGGAUUAUUCUCUGCUUAAAUGGACUAUCUCAGAAUAUCCCUCCCUGGAGAUAACUGCAUCAGCAUAACAGAUAAUUAUACACCGGAGAAUUCAGUUCUGUUUAUCUACCAAUAUCUCAUAGCUAGGGAUUCAUAGGCAGCUGUAACAUGUUGUUAUCUCUGCCAAGAAAAGAAUUUGGAGGGAUGUUUAGUGUUCUGAGAGUUAUUUGACUAAUAUAAAGUUUUAUUCCUGGAAGCAAUUGGACAGAUUGCCGGUAAUAAUGUGCAGUCUUGCCCUUCUGUGACUCUAAAAGUCUUUCAUAACUGGCCUGAUUCUCCUCUCUGAUAUGAGUAUAAAAGUCUGGCAUAGAUUCCCAUAAGCAAUGAGUUUGCACCAGUCUAAAGCUGGUGCAGCUUCAGGAACCUUGUCUUUUAAACUGAAGCAUGCAAAUCACUUACUCAUGAUAUAAAAUGCUGCCUGUUAGGUUAAUGUAACUGGAUUCCACUCGACAUAAAUCAGAAGGAAGCAAUAAUCAGUGACCAUGUUGUGCUUUGAGGAUCAGAAGAAGUAGAAUGACUUGGUUACUUCCUCUUCCAAGAAAUAACACUUAUGAUAGCCGAGAAAUAGUUCCAUCAUAUAUAAUGUGUAUUAUCUUCAAUUGUAUGGGAGGGGAAGAGAUUCAGCCGUAAGUUCUAGUUACAGACCCUUAACUGACACCUCUCACAGACACUGAAGAUAAAGCUUUUCGUUCAGGUAAAUCAGAACAAAAUCAGAGGUUUUUCUAACUCUGUAGGUAAAAUAAAAAUAAAAAAUAAAAAAAUCAGGAAAAAUAUUGGUGCCAAAGAAACAAAAUGUAAUGUAGGAAUGCUAGGAGUACAUGUGAUUCCACAAACUAGGGAAAUGAAAAACUUGCACCCAUCUGGGAGAGACCAUAAUCUAAUUUCUUUCCACCACCACUUAUAGCUGGUUCUGAGUUUAGCCCAAUAAAUAUCUGGAAGUAUUUUAAAGACUAGAAUGUGGCUUGAAUUAAGAAACCCUUCAAUCUAUUAGCAAGAACCUUCAUAUUUUUGAGAUUUAAGCCAAAGUCUCCCUUUAAAUGUUCUAAACAUUUGCUGUUAAGAUACAGGCACAGAGAUUAGAUUUCUGACACAAUCUGAGUCAAUAGCAACCAAAGAAGACCACUGGACUUACUGCUUCUGAGUGCAGGAUGUUAAAGAUGAUGAUAAAGAAUACAUAUAUUUUGUGGGCAGAUGGGAAAAAGGUGGCUGCAAGUGUGGAAAGCAGUCAAUCCACUUGGUAUUAGUUCUUUGAAGGAAGAAAACUGUAGAUUAAUUGACCAUUGCUGGAAGGAACAUAAAAAAUGGUUUAGGUACAUGAGGAAUGCUAAUUUUUAUGAAGCAAUUGCUAGUUUGUAGCUAGGGAAGAAAUUAGGUUUGCCAGUAACUGUAAUCUUUCCAAAUAUGAUUUGUUCUUCCUAUCCUUCAUCUGUAUCCUCCACAAGUAGUGUGGUAACACAUCUGGCUGUAGGCACAUGGUUGGAUUUCACUAAAUUGUGGAAAAGAAGCAGAACUUUUGGUAUAUGGAGUAUCAGUGUCAUAAGAAAGAUCCUCCUCCAAACUAGACAGGGAGAAAGAAAUGUGAAUGUGAGAUAAAAAUCAGGUAUACAGAGAAUGGAUCUUACAUACUCAGGGGCAUCUUGAAUACAAGGGGAAUGUAAAGAAACAAAGGUUUAUCUUUUAUGAAGUGAUACUUGCUUCUCUGACCACAGGUAUAGUAAUAUUCUGCAGGCUUUCACCACAGGAAGACUCGUUCAAGCGAAUUACAUAGUGUAAAUGUUUUAUAGGUAGUCUUGAACAAGAGACCUACAUAAUGUAAAUGUUUUACAUAGAUUUGUUUUGUUAUAAACAAGGGUAUCAUGGUCUGUAUUGGUUUUGAAAAUGUUAUGUGAAAAAAGGACAAAAAAAAAUAAAACCAAACCAAAGUG